AAAUGGCAGAAGAUCCAGACCAAGGGAACCGGCGCGUCCGGCUCCUUCAAGAUCAACGAGAAGACCAACACCAAGCCCAAGAAGACAGCGGCCAAGAAGCCUGCUCCCAAAGCCAAGAAGCCCGCAGCCAAGAAACCCGCAGCCGCUAAGAAGCCCAAAGCAGCGGCAGCAAAGAAGCCGGCGGCCGCUAAGAAGUCCCCGAAGAAGGCGAAGAAGCCAGCAGCGGUCAAGAAGGCGGCCAAGAGCCCGAAGAAGAUGGCAAAGAGCCCCAGGAAGGCAGCAAAAAGCCCCAAGAAGGUGGUGAAGAAGGCCGCUGCUGCCAAGAAGGCUCCGGCCAAGAAGGCAGCGAAGCCCAAAGCCAAGAAAACCGCGGCCAAGAAGUAAGCGGAUCGGUCCACAA